CCAGUCAGUAGUUAUUCGGUCAGUCACAGUGUAUGAGCUCCAGGGUUACAGUUUUACUUUUUAUACUCUGCACCUGAGGUCUUUUCCGCAGUAGAAAUGUAUACAUGUCAUGGUAAGAAAAAUUCAGAGAGGGAAACUGCAUCAUCAGAAGCUCCAGUGGUGUCUAAUAUUGAAGUGUGGCGACCCUGCUAACAGCGGGACGAUCGUAAGCACAGCACUGAAUGCUGUGAAUAACAGGAUGGACUCCGGUGGGAAACCCUCAACUGCACAGAUCGUGGUGUUAGCCACCAGCUCAGCCCUGACUGCAGUCUUCUACUCCAUUUACAAGAACAGAGCUACAACAGUCGCCAGAUUAAAGGAGGCCAGCAGAGUCUCCAUUGACCAGGAUUUGAAAAGCAUACUGUCUGAAACCCCUGGACGAUGUGUCCCAUAUGCUGUCAUAGAAGGUGUAGUGAGAUCUGUGAAGGAAACGCUGAACAGCCAGUUUGUUGACAACUGCAAAGGCGUGAUCGAAAGACUGACCCUGAAGGAGGAAAAGAUGGUGUGGAAUCGCACUACUCAUCUCUGGAACAACACAGAGAAGGUCAUCCACCAGCGCACCAACACCGUUCCAUUUGCCCUCGGGUCUCACGAUGAGGAUAUCGCUGCCACAGUACGGGUCAUGCGUCCGCUAGACGCUGCAGAGUUGGACCUGGAGACCACCUACGAGAACUUCCACCCCACAGUCCAGUCCCUGUCCAGCGUUAUUGGCCACUUCAUCAGCGGUGAACGACCCAAGGGCAUCCACGAAACUGAGGAGAUGCUGCGGCUGGGAGACAGCGUCACAGGUGUAGGAGAGCUGGUCCUGGAUAACAAUCUGAUCAAGCUCCAGCCUCCCAAACAGGGCCUCUGUUACUUCCUUACUCGGCUGGACUACGAGUCUCUUCUCAGGAAGCAGGGGAACAGUGUGAGACUCUGGCGGAUUCUGACUGUUGUCUUUGGUGUCGCCGCUUGUUCCACACUCCUCUUCAUUCUGUGGAAGAGAUACGUCCACCACAGACAGAGUAAGAGGGAGAAGAGCAUGCUUGAGGAGUUCAAGGAGCAGCAGAAGAGACGUAUGCGUGAACUGAACCUGGAGGAAAGCAGCGUGUCGCCCACCAGCUGCACUGUCUGCCUGAGCCGGGAGCGCUCCUGUGUGUUUCUAGAGUGUGGUCACGUGUGUGCCUGCGCCCAGUGCUACGACACCCUGCCCGAGCCAAAGAAAUGCCCCAUCUGCAGGGCGACUAUAGACAGGGUGGUGCCUCUUUACAACAGCUAGUGUGGAAAUACAAAGAACAUUACAUAAUAAAUAAUGAUAAUACGGACGUUUACUGAGCAUUUUAAUGUCCCGCUGACAAUAUACAUGUUAUUUUGUUGCUCUGUUUUGCUUUUACUCAAACUUACAAAGAGUGGGUAUCUGCUGAAUCAUGCUGAAAUUAAACUUGAUGACUUUGACACUGACAGAUGUUGGCCCUGUAUCCCACCAAUGAUCAGCCUUGAUGUCUUGUUUCUCCCCAUUUCUAGACUGUAGCGCCAAAACAAUGCAUUUUAAAAAGUCAACAGCAGAGUGUCUUGAGAAAUCACGGCUCAGUUAAUCAAGAUCAUCAAGAUCACAGGAACUGCUUUCUUUCUCCCCAGCUACACUGUGUGAGCGCACAGAAGGAUGCGUGUACCUCCUGGACGAGAGACUGGUGACGGGGCAGGAUGUAAACCUCAGUCCUCGGCUGAGCUGUACUGUUAGCUACCUUAGCUAAGCUGGCUUCUUAUUCAGGAGCAGAUGCACACCUCCUUCUGCCUGGUGAUACAGAAAGAAAUGAUGAUUUGUGCCUUUGUUCACUGGCAUGAGAAGCUAUGGAAGAGGGAGAGUUGUCCGGGGCUAGAGAGGACAUGGCAGCUCUGGAGGAGGAUUAUAUGGACAUAGGGGAAGAGGAAGGGGAGGAUUCAUUUUUUUUUGUUAUUGAUUUUCAUUGUUCUGGUGCUGUAUGAUUUUUUUUUUAUUUAUUCUGCAGUACAUCAAUUACUGUACAAAGCCUCAUUCAGAAUAAACAUGAAGCUUAAUGUGCACAGCUUUUGUUGCCCUGGUGUGGGUGUGUAGGGAUUUUUUAAAUGUUUUUUCUGCUGCUUGAAUCUGUCACUCUGAUGUCCAUAAUAAACCUCAAAUCAGGCUGUGACA